CACCCAGUACCACAGCAUACUGUCAUGACUCUCAUUGUGUUUGCCGCCGUGCUGGCUGUGGCCGCCGCCGCCCCCCAGGGGUUCCAGCAGAACUUCCCAGGAAGCCAGCCUCAGGUGCGCAUCGUGAGCCAACGGUUCGAGCAGGACCCGCAGGGCAACUACGAGUACGGGUACGACCAGGACAACGGCCAGAUCGUCAGCGAGACGGGCCGCGUGUUCCCCGGCCCGGAGCCGGGCACCGGCAGUCUCAGCCAGCAGGGCAGCUUCCAGUUCGUCAGUGAUGACGGCCAGACGUACCAAGUGUCGUACGUGGCCGACGAGGGUGGCUUCAAGCCGGAGGCGGCGCACCUGCCCGUGGCGCCGACGCAGAUCCCCGAGUACGCCCAGCUGAGGAUCGACUACCCGGAGCUGUUCUGGGCCGAGGCACAGCAGCUCCUCUAGGACGUGCGUGCAAUAGUUGCCUUUAUUAAAACUUUCGUGAGAAACUAGUCUUGCCAUGUGAGACACCGUUUGUAUAUGUCCUGUUCUUCCUGUCAAUAUAUGUUUCGUGCACUACAGGCGCAUCAGCUUCAGAUACAGGGUACACUUUCCACGGACGGAGAGCUGAUCGCGAGACCGCCCACGAUGGGCUUCGGAUGCAUGCGAACGCCGAGUCGAAGCCGUUACCUCUACGGACGGAAGGCUAGCAUUGUGACCCCCGCGACUGACCUUGCC